UCGGGGGGUCGAGUCUCACCACCAACAACCUUCCCGGAGAAAAGGAGAUGGGUUGGGGGUAGCGGCCCAUGGACCCGGCUUGGAGAUGGGCCGUUACACCUAGAGCUUGGUAUAGCAGAAUAGAUGAUUAUUUUACUGAGCAAGGAUUUAAGAAAAGUUCUAGUGAAUCAACGCUCUACGUUAAAGAAGGUUUAAGUGGAAAAAAAAUCAUAAUCUCCUUGUAUGUGGAUGACUUAGUUUUGACUGGAAAUGAUGAGCAGCUCAUAGCUGAAUUCAAGAGACAUAUGAAAGAAAAUUUUGAAAUGAAUGAUUUAGGAUUGAUGAAUUAUUUCCUUGGAAUUGAAGUUGAGCAACAAGAGGGGCAUGUGUUUAUCUCUCAACGGAGAUAUCUCAAGGAGUUGUUGAGCAAAUUUAACAUGGAAGGGUGCAAAGCAGUGGCUACUCCUUUUGUCACUCAUGAGAAAUUUUAUAAGGAUGAUGGCUCUCCCAAAGCUGAUCCAAGUCUGUAUAGAAGUAUGAUUGGAAGCUUGUUGUACUUAUCUUCCACAAGACCUAACAUUCAAUAUGCAACAAAUAUGCUCUCUCAGUUUACGCAAGCUCCUAGUGAAAAUCAUCUCAGUGGGGUCAAAAGAAUUUUUCGCUAUCUUCAAGGAUCAAAGAACUAUGGAAUUCACUACCAUCAUGAAGUUGGUGGUACUCUGCAUGGUUAUACCGAUAGUGAUUGGGCAGGAUCUCUUGAAGAUAUGAGGAGUAUAUCUGGCUAUGCUUUUUCUAUUGGGUCUAAUAUUUUUUCUUGGAUUUCAAGGAAGCAGAAAACCACAUCUCAGUCUACUGCAGAGGCUGAGUAUGUGGCUGCUGCUCUGGCUGCUAAUCAAACAACGUGGCUGAGGUAUAUCUUAACUGACUUAGGUGAACUUCAGCAAGGGCCUACUCGUAUCCUGUGUGACAGUAAAUCUGCAAUAUGUAUGUCAAAGAAUCCUGUUUUUCACAGUCGUAGUAAUGAUCAACUAGCAGACUGCUUCACAAAAGGGUUGCAAAAGGUUAAACUUGCUAAGCUAAGGAGAAGGAUUGGUGUUCAGGAAAAAUAGCAUCAAGAGGGGGAUGUUAGACUUAAUGCUAUUUUUCCCUUAUUUUAAUGUCUUUUUAUGUUUCUUGUUAAACGGUGUGUCUUGUUGUCGUUUUGGUUUUAGCUGGGUCUUUUGUCUUGUGGUCUUAGGGUUUUGUCUUAUGUUGGUAUGUUAAACAAAACAUUGACUACUCUCUGUUCCGCCUCCUUUGGACCGAGAGCGAUAUAUUGAAUCUAUCUAUAUGGCUAUUGUUUGA